AUGAGCAGAAGCCUUUUAUCGAGGGUGUUCCCCUCUACAAUCAGCCCAGAAUACGAACCUGUCGAAAACGAUGAAUUACUCGGAAACGCAGGAGAUGGGACGAGACAUACGCCGAACGCGACCGUUUCCGGGGAGGAAGAGGAGGUACACGCCUUGAAGAAGCCGUUCUCGUGGCAUGAUUAUACGGUGUUCCUGCUUCUGGGCGUGGCGAUGUUAUGGGCAUGGAACAUGUUCCUCGCCGCCGCACCCUAUUUCCAUCGUCGAUUCCAACAAAGUCCAUGGGCCGUAGAGCAUUACGAGUCAUCCAUCGUAUCAGUCUCAACCGUGACGAACUUACUAUGCGUCUUGGUCCUCGCAAAACUGCAACGAAAUGCAUCCUAUCCUAUACGAAUUGCAGUAUCACUUGUGAUUUUGACAGCUGUCUUUGCGUUGCAAGCCACGUCCACGGCAUUUUUCCGUACCAUUUCCAUAGGGAUGUAUUUCAUUUUCGUGAUGACGAUGGUCCUAGGAGCAAGUUUUGCCGUGGGUAUGAACCAGAAUGGCGUCUUUGCAUAUGUCUCUGGAUUUGGACGUCCGGAAUAUACUCAAGCUAUCAUGGCUGGGCAGGGGAUUGCUGGAGUGCUUCCUUGCAUUGUCCAGAUUAUUACAAACGCAGCUGAAUCUCGAAGGGACGACGAGAAUGACGAUGAUGACUAUUACAAGCCAGCACUGACAUAUUUUCUAUUCGCUGUUGUCGUCACUUUGGUGGCCUUUUUUGCCUUUCUUGGGCUUAUGAACCGGACUGCCGGAUCACGGUGGUUCGCCAGGGAAUUACGAGCUAUCAAGAACGCACCCGCAGUGUCAAACAGCACUGAGUCCCAGACCUCCGCCCCGGCUCACAAAACUGUUGGGCUCUGGAGACUUUUUCUCAGACUGAAAUGGCUGGCUCUCGCAGUAUUUCUCUGCUUCACAGUAACCAUGGUCUACCCCGUCUUCACUGUCAAAAUCCAAUCAGUCCACGACCCAGCAACACGAUCCCGCAUCUUCGAGCCUGAACUCUUUGUGCCUCUAGCCUUCCUAUUCUGGAAUCUGGGCGAUUUGAUCGGGCGCAUGUCCCCCAUCAUACCAGCUCUAGCUCGAUCAGCUAACUAUCCUCGUGCACUAUUCGCUUUCUCUGUAUUGCGUCUAGUCUUCAUCCCCAUGUACCUCGCCUGCAAUAUUCAGAGCAGUACCAACUCGACAAAUAGUAGCGCUAUUAUCAGUAGCGAUUUCUUCUAUUUGUUUGUCGUGCAACUCGGCUUCGGUUUGACGAAUGGGUUUUUGGGCAGUGUGUGUAUGAUGGGUACUAGCCAGUAUGUUACAGCUGAUGAGCGUGAGGCAGCUGGUGGUUUUAUGAGCAUGAUGCUUGUCGCUGGAUUGGCGGCUGGGAGUUUGACGAGCUUUUUGUUUACAGGGGCGUAGUUCAAGCUCAUCGUUUAUAUAUUGCAUAUCACCGUUCAUUUCUUGCAUGGAGUUAUUUUUAUUUGACAUUGGGGUUUACAGCGCAUAUCUAUAGAUACAUAUGAAAGUGUCCUUUUCACGUUCCUUUC